CAAGCCAUGCUGGUGGCCAGCACAACGCUGCAGAAGGACUGCUGCUUGAGGAGCAAUUAGCUGGAGGCUGCUGCUGCUGCUGCAGGAGAGGAAGCAAAAAAAAAAAAAAAGGGAAAAGAAAGGCAGAUCCUGGUGGAGUUCCCCCCCCCUCCCAGCAGGCGCUUGCUCACUGCAACUUGCAAAAAGGUUUCAGAUGUCCGAGCACCGCUGUGUGACCCCCUGCAAAUAAAACUUGACCACCAGAGGCUCGUCUCACCUCUUUGGUUUCUAAUCUCUAGCCUUUAGGAUACAGCUUCCAACCUGUUGGCAAGGGGCGAGAAGGAGCUUGGUUUUUGAAGGGCUACGUUUUGAAUAGACCGGGUUCUUUCUGGAGGAUUCCGAGAGGGAAACGCUGCCUUUUGGACACUGGGAAGAAGCGCAUUUCUGGGCUGUGGUGAGAGGAAGGUGCAGGCGCUAUAAGAGGGCGGGGGGCCGCUGACCCCGAUCUCCCCCAGCUCUUCCAGUCCUGUAUUCGGAUUUCAGGCAGAACCGCUUUCUUUUCCUCUCCUGCUGCUGCUGCUGGUGGUGUUGUUCACGCGCCUGUCAUCUCUUUUCCAGACUGCCCUCUGCCUCUUGCGAUGGAGCCGCAGCAAGUGAAGGAGAGCGCGAAAUAGCCUCACGCACAAGCAGGAGCGGGGCAAGGCGAAGGGGAGCCAAAGCGCGCAGGAGAAGCUGCCAGCCGACCAGAUCGCCCAGGAGGUUGCAACGCACCUUGGAGGGCGGGGGGCGCGGGAUCUGUGUUUCGUCCUGCGCCUUCCCAAGCAAAGAAGGGACUCGAAGGAUUAACAGAAGCGGACGCCAAGCAGGAGAGCCAGCCAAGCACAGGGGGGUGGGGAGGCAACCGCUUUCUGGAGCGCUUGGCCCCCUGAGGCAUGGAUGUCGGUGCCCUCCCUUCAGGCCAGAUCACAGCUCGGCGGCUCUUAAGCAGGAGGGCUCCCCAUCCAGUGUCCGCUCGCCUCCCGCCGGUGAUCACCCUUCCAGUAUGUUUCUUUUCAUGAGACAUUUUCCAGCGCCCAGAGCUUCAGUACAAUGUGCAAAUGGAGACUGAUACAGGGUGCCUCAGCCUUUGCCCACCUGCCUCCUUCCUCCUCCUCCUCCUCCUCCGGCUGGUCUUGGUGCAUCUCCUUGCUGCUGCUGCUGAUGUCUUCUGCCCUGGCUGCCCCCUGCCAUGAGCACGCUCCAGACAUGCUGCUCCUCAAGGCCACCAACUCCUCGUCUUCUUCCUCCUCCUCCUCCUCCUCGUCUUCUUCCUCCUCCUCCUCUCCUGCCAGUGCGGGGAGGUUCGUACGGAGCUACAUUCACCUCCGCGGAGACGUACGCUGGAGAAAGCUCUAUAGUUACAACAAGUACUUCCUCCGGAUUGAGAAGAACGGCAACGUCAGCGGCACCAAGAGCGAGAACUGCCCGUACAGCAUAUUGGAGAUAAUAUCAGUGGAAAUUGGAGUUGUGGCUGUCAAAUCCAUUAACAGCAACUAUUAUCUAGCCAUGAACAAGAACGGAAAAGUCUAUGGUUCUAAAGAGUUUAAUAAUGACUGUAAACUAAAGGAAAGAAUAGAAGAAAAUGGAUAUAAUACAUACGCAUCAUUCUUUUGGAAGAACAAUGGAAAGCAAAUGUUUGUGGCCUUGAAUGGAAGAGGAGCCACAAGGAAAGGACAGAAAACGAGGAGGAAAAACACCACCGCUCACUUUCUCCCCAUGGUCGUUGAGCCACAGAUGAAGGACAUGUUCUAUUGAUAGCAAUUGAACCAAAGAUCAUUUGUCAGGAAUAUUUGGUAAUCCUCUUGAAGAGGAAAAGCAGAAACAGUGCAGACGUCUGUCUGAUUGAAAAGAGGGGAAGCCUUUGAAGGUUUUAUAUUCUCUGAUGGCACAUGAAGUAUUCCUAAUUGGUUCUGUGUCAUAUCUUAUAAUCAAGACACAAGCUGGAUCAGAUGGGAAGGGAGCUCUUUCCAGUGAACAAAUUAUUAUUAAUAUUAUUUUUUAUCUCUGCAAUAGAACUUAAAGAACAUGAGACAAUGUAUUGAAUGAUGUUCGGGGAAAGUUAUUUAUGGAAUACUAACUCGUAUCAAAGACCUUCAUUGCUCAUUCCAGCCUAAUGAUCCAAUGAACAAGUUAGGCACGCAAACAUUUACUGGAAGCACGUGGAUCAUACGCAGAAAUAAAGAAAAUUCUGGAAUGGUCUUGUGAAAUAAAUGAAUAGGAUUAAGAAAUAUAAGCACACUAGAGUAAAACUGUUCUAACAAAAUAAACAGUAUGGUCUCCCUUUGUAUGCUAACGCCAUGCCUUGUAUUUCUCCCUAAGUUAUUUAUUUAAUAGGAUGUUAAAUAUGUUUCUUCUCCUUUUUUUUGUUUGAAGGAUUUUCUCAGUUGCUCCCUGUUGCAUAAGUGUUCUUCUCUUCUUUCAAUAUUUUAUACCAAGAUUGACCGUCAGAUGUCGAAAGCUCACGCAAGUGUCUGAGAGUAGGAAGUGGACAAGGUUUAAAAGAAAAUGUAGGAUUGUGGUUUAUGGUUUGUCUUUUUCUUCCUUUUUUUCCUCUUGGAAACUGGGUUUCUUUUUAAUUUUGCACUUAAAAUCAAUAAGAUCAGAUAUGCAUAGGGAAUUGCAACGUGAACUGUGUGUGGUUUUGUCAGCAUCCUUGAUGCCUUUUCCUCCCACAGGAACAAAACUUCCCGCCAUGCGUCAUCUGAAGAAUCUUGCUGCUGUUUUGAAAUUGACAGAGUUGAACUGGUACUCAGAUGUGCAUUCAUCUCCAUUUUAUUUUGAUUAAAUUACUGAUCCCAAAGAUGUUGAGAUUUAGUUGGAGUUGUUCAGCAGGGGUUUGGGGAGCAUAAUCAUGAAUGCAUCCAACCGUGCUACAUAUUGGUGGGAUAAUUAUACCCUUCCAUAUUAAAGCUGAAAUAACUAUGGAGCUAAGUCUAUGGAGCUGGUGAUAUGCAAAGACAGAAUGUGUCUCCUUCCCUCUCCCCUAAAAAAAGUAUCACACACACACACACACACAGAGAGCCAGAUCCUACUAACUUUUGACUGAGAUCAAAUGCCUGCAGCAUAGCCCUGGUGACCAUCUAAGUGGUUUCAAUAAUUGCAACCUUGAUCUGAAUAACUUCUGGGUAGUUUCAAAUGUUACACAGGAGAUGAGGGAAAAUAAGUGGACGUGAAUUGUUCUUCUAGUGCCACAUACUGACCAGGAACAUGUGCAAUUCCUAUUCAUGGAGAGAUGUGCGUGUGGCAGCUCACAUAUUUUUCUGUUGGGAAAAUGCUGAAGUUUCCCUGAAGAGAAGCAUGGCUUCUUUUGUGUUAUGCCAAAGCCCUUUGGAUGAGCUUAAAAUGCAGUAGGCACCUCACUGAUGUCAAAUGGCAAAAGAAAUACUAGAUCUUGUUAAAAAACUAAAGCAACUGGGCAUAUUUCCUUAAUUGAAGAUGCAGGAUUGGAGUCAGCAUUAUGUGCAUACAUUCAUCAGAUGCUGUCUUCACUCCUCAACCCCUUUGCUUUAGAGAACCUGCAGAGAAAUGACUCAAAACAGCUAAACAUAUGUGCUGGUCACCUUUAAAAAACCCUUACUUAUAGAACAGUCCCUAAAUAUCAGGGUUGUAUCAGCGGGUCCAAAGCCCUCUUCAGAUAUUAGAAAAACUGAGGAUUCUGUACUUGGGUACACUGUGAAUAGAGUUACCGUGGCCUCAAUAUGAGGCAAUUGCAAAAUCAGUUGUCAACCACCUCAGAAGACAGUGACAUCGGAGAAACCCUUCGAAGUGUUCCUGAAUCACACAGACAUCAGACCAUGUGGUAAAAUUGUUCCUUGACUAUUCCACUUCAGGCUGCAGAAAGGGGGAAAUCACAUUAGUGAAUGUCUCCCUGUAUGCUGUUUUUUUAUGCUCCCUGUAUAUAAAAUCACAGAGAUAGGUUCAGCCAAGCCUUCUCCCUCAAAUAUUAGUUCUAUGUUUAGGGACUUUUUUUUUUUAAGGGAGAGCAUUCAAGUAUGCACUUCCCUUGCUUUCUGAGGUGGUACAGUUCAGAAACAGUUUUACCAUUUAUCCUCCUUUUUUUAUAGAUUGGGCAUUCUGCCCUCUUGAACUAACAUUUUGUAGCCCACACAGACAAGAUAGGUUACCCUGUCAUCCUCAGCCACUCUAACUAACACUGUGUACAAUAAUCACACUGAAGUGAACAGAUCUACUCUGAAGUAAAUGACUUGAUUGCAGCCACUGUCUUCAGAUAAAUAUACCAUCAACUCUGUUUGGUCUUGGGGAAAAACUUUUAUUUUAAUCUUUUUUUUCCUUUAACAUUAGAAAGCUGUGGAAGAUCAUCAAUAUAACCAUAAUGAGAUUAAUUUUGUUAGAGCAAGUUACAGUAAAUAGAAAACUGCCUGUUCUAUUAUCAUCUAACGGUAAUCACACUGAAGUGGAAAGAUCUACUCUGAAAUACGUGAUUUGAGGAUUGCAGCCACUAUUAUCCAUACGUGUAUAUAACUUUUGAGAACCAAUCUGAAAGAAACAUCUAUGUUCUUCAUUUA